AUGAGUGAAACAGAGCUAACACGUAUCGCCGUACAGCGGCCGGUCGCAUCCCUUACUGUUGCCGAGGACAUCGAAAGAACGCGUCGACCGUCGCGUCAUGAAGAGGGUGACACUUCGAACAGUGGACAAAUAGCGGAACAGGCUCUGGCGCCGGUAGAUGGAGGAUUGGCUGCUUGGAGACUGCUCUGCGCUGCUUUCGUAUUUGAAGCAUUGCUAUGGGGUUUCCCCCUCUCCUUUGGUGUCUUCCAGGAGUAUUAUUCGAAAACACCAGAAUUUGCGGACAACCGCUACAUUUCAAUUGUAGGCACAAUUGCAUCAGGCUUCGGAUACCUUGGAGCGCCGGUCAUCAUGCCUUUGGUUCAGCGAUACCAGCGGUGUCAGCGGCAGAUGAUUUGGGUCGGGUGCGUGGCCUAUGGUGUCGGCUUCCUCAUAUUCUACUACCCCAUCCUUAGCAUGGUGAACGAGUACUGGAUAGCUCGUCGCGGUAUGGCCUAUGGUGUACUUUGCGGUGCCUCUGGGGUCUCAGGGACCGUCAUGCCGUUUGUGCUGCAGGCGCUUUUGGCAAAGUACGGAUACAGGAUCACCCUACGCGCCGUCGCCGUGGCGCUCACGGUGCUCACUGGACCGUUCAUUCCUCUCCUCAAAGGCCGUCUGCCACCUUCCGAACGCGCCAAUAUCCCCAGGAUGAAGUGGGAUUUCUUUCGGAGGUUUGGCUACUUCUUCCCUGCUCUUUACUUGCCUUCUUAUGCAUCGUCCCUGAGGCUCGGAAGUAAGAGUGGCGCGCUUCUCCUCGCGCUCAUGAGCGUCUUCCAGGUCGGCGGUCAACUUGUUUUCGGUUUCCUCUCUGAUCGCAAAGUGCCGCUUAAUGUUCUGGCGUGCUUAUCAACCGUGGUUGCGGCAGUUGCCUGCUUCACCAUGUGGAGGCUAGCUGAGUCGUUGACGGUCCUGAUCUUCUUUGCCAUCGUAUAUGGUUUCUUCGCCGCAGGAUUCACUUCAAUCUGGGCGAGGAUGAGUACCGCUGUCACCGACGACGUGACAGCAGGGCCGAUAGUGUUCACCUUGCUGAACUUCGGGAAGGGCAUCGGCAAUGUGCUCGCGGGUCCUAUUGGGGGACUGUUGAUUUCGAAGCCAGACUUGGCGGCUGGGGCUCCAUCACCGUCGUCGUAUCUUUGGGUGAUUGUCUUUACGGGAACUUGCAUGUUUGCGAGCACUUGCGUAAUUUGCCUGCGAUCCAUGAGGCACCUGAGGCUUUUUAUGUCCUGGUAG